UCCGAUUUUGCAUUCUAGGUCAGGAACAGGAAAUAUGGGGAAGAAAUCAUCGACAUUGAUGAAUUUCCUUUUCCCACUAGUAGUUGUUAUGUCUUUCUGCAGCCACGUGUCCGUUGCAGAAAGACGAAACAACAAUCUACAAAAGAAAACUUAUAUAAUCCAUAUGGAGAAAUUCCAAAUACCGGCGAAUUUCAAAGACCAUGCUGAAUGGUACCACUCGUCGCUCAAAUCGGUGUCCGACUCAGCCAAGAUGCACUACAAGUACAACAACGUGGUGCAUGGAUUCUCCACGAGACUGACACCAGACGAAGCCGAAACACUGGAAGAACAACCAGGGGUCGUCUCAGUGUUGGAGGAAACGAGGUACCAGCUUCAAACGACUCGAACACCUCAGUUCCUCGGCCUUUACGAGAGCGUCGAGUUGUUCCCUGGGUUAGACUCGGUGAGUGAACUUGUCAUUGGAAUGUUGGAUACCGGCGUUUGGCCUGAGAGCAAGAGUUUUAACGACAGCGGAAUGGGGCCCGUUCCAAAAAGCUGGAAAGGGGAGUGCGAGUCCGGAACCAAUUUCAAUUCCUCCAAUUGUAAUCGAAAGCUAAUUGGAGCAAGGUAUUAUUUGAAAGGCUACGAGGCCGCAAAUGGCCCAAUCAACACGUCAAUAGAAUCAAAAUCACCUCGCGACGACGACGGUCACGGUACCCACACAUCAUCCACGGCAGGCGGCUCAUCGGUCAAGGGCGCCAGUCUGUACGGUUAUGCCUUUGGAACAGCGCGGGGGAUGGCCUCGCGCGCUAGGGUAGCCAUGUACAAGGUGUGCUGGCUCGGCGGCUGCUUCAGCUCGGACAUAUUAGCGGCGAUGGACCAGGCCAUCGACGACCAGGUCAACGUCCUCUCAUUGUCUCUCGGCGGCGAGGCGACGGACUAUUUCUCGGACACAAUCGCAAUCGGGGCUUUCGCGGCAAUGGAGAAAGGCAUUUUUGUCUCCUGCGCUGGCGGUAACGCGGGUCCCGCUCCAUCUACUGUCUUCAACGUGGCGCCGUGGAUUACCACCGUCGCCGCCGGCACCCUGGACCGUGAUUUUCCGGCGAAUGUUAGGCUCGGAAACGGAAUGGAACUCCCGGGCGUGUCACUUUACAAAGGUGCCUCGUUCCCGAAGAUGCUACCCUUCAUUUAUGCUGCAAAUGCGAGUAAUUCGGUGAACGGGAAUCUUUGUUUCGCGGGUACGUUGAUACCCGAAAAAGUGAAAGGUAAAAUCGUGUUGUGUGAUCGUGGGGUGAGUCCUCGGGUAGAGAAAGGGUUCGUUGUUAAAGAAGCCGGUGGGGCCGGGAUGGUUUUGGCCAACUUGGCGGCAAACGGCGAGGAGCUGAUAGCGGACGCCCAUCUACUGCCGGCUACGGCGGUGGGUCAAAUAUCCGGAGACAAAAUCAAGAGCUACCUAUCUUCCAAUCCGAAUCCAACAGCCACCAUUCGUUUUGAGGGAACUAAGGUAGGGAUCGAACCGUCGCCUGUAGUUGCGGCGUUCAGUUCGAGGGGGCCAAACCCAAUCACACCAGAAGUACUCAAGCCCGACGUGCUCGCUCCCGGUGUCAACAUCCUGGCCGCUUGGUCAGGUGCUGCGUCUCCCACCGGAAUACCAGAAGACAAUAGGCGUGUGGAGUUCAACAUCAUCUCUGGUACUUCUAUGGCGUGCCCACAUGUCAGCGGCCUUGCUGCCUUGCUCCAGGGGGCGCACCCGGACUGGAGCCCCGCCGCGAUACGCUCGGCCCUAAUGACCACUGCGUAUGCCGUGUAUAACGAUAGUCAACCAUUACUAGAUAGUGACACGGGAAAGCCGUCUACGUCGUUUGCUUACGGCUCUGGACAAGUGGACCCCGUAAAAGCACUCAACCCUGGACUCAUCUACGAUUUGGGCGUCGAUGAUUACUUGGGUUUUCUAUGCGCCUUAAACUACACUCCGCAGCAAAUUCAGAUACUCGCCAGGAAGAGCUUCGAGUGUGACCCCAAAAUGGAUUACAGUCUUACUAAUUUCAACUACCCUUCCUUUGCUGUACCUCUCCAAAGUGCCAGCAAACAGUCGGUGGUGCAAUACACAAGAAAACUUACGAAUGUCGGGCCAGCAGCGACAUACAAUGUGUCGAUUACUAUUUCGGGAAGUACGCUAGUCGGGGUUUUGGUUGAUCCAGAUACGUUGAGUUUCAGCAAGUUGAAUGAAGUGAAGUCUUAUACGACGACGUUUAGUGCUCCUGCGAUGCCAUCGAAUUCGUUCAGCUACGGAAGCAUCGCAUGGUCUGAUGGAAAGCAUGUUGUUAGAAGUCCAAUUGCGAUUAGUUGGAGUUGAACUGGGAUAAAGAAAGGGGACGUUAUUUGAUGCUCUGCUUCCUCGAAGGGGCAUAAAUAUAUGUUUUUGAAGAUGUUUUCUUUAAUUUUCAGCAAAUAUUGGGGCCUGACAUUGUUCACUGAGAAAGAAGAAACAUGAAAAACUAGAGAAAGAUUGUGUUUUUCUUCCUCGGUGUAAUUCUCUUCACACAGGGCUGUGUUUCUUUUCUUAUAGUUGCUAUUUGGAAGGCAAAUAAUUGGGAAAUCCAAUAACUGGAUUAUGGAUAGUCAUGGAAUUUUUGUUGGCUA